AUGGGCUGUGAAUGUGGAAAGCCUUUGAAGUUGGGUCAGGUCAGCUAUUGUCUUGGAGUACACUGCAUGUACAAAUUCCGGCCAGCAACAUUUCUGCCAAGCCUGUCAGCGAGGACCUGGAUUUCUGGGAUGUGCAGCCUCGCGUCGUCCAGUUACAAAAGGAGGCGGACCCUGAGGCAGCUCUAUUCGAGUGCAAUGAGGCCGGCUGUUCACAGUCGUUCGACUCCUAUGAUGCCUUCCAGGAUCAUGUCAACUUUGGCCAUUAUACCCCUGUCAGCAAAAGCCAAGAGAGCACGUAUGACAAGCUGCAUCGUGAGUGGGUGCUGAAGUUUUCCAGCAUGACCGUGAACCAAGAAGCCCUGCAUCAGCCCUCCGCAUCAAGCGAUGUGACGACUGCAUCAGAACCCCGCAAGUCUGGAUGGGCCUUACAGAAACCCAUAGGUAGUGGGACCCUAUUUUCUGAACGGGUUAAACAAUAUCUUCAAUCCUGUUUUUACAUUGGCGUGCGGACAGGAAGGAAGGCAGAUCCAGCCCAGGUGUCAGUGGACAUGAGGAAUGACAAGAUUGCAGAUGGGCAGCGGGCAUUUUCACGAGAGGAGUGGCUCACGAAGGUCCAGAUCAAAGGGUUUUUCUCCCGCCUAGCCGCCGCGCAGAGAACGACGGGUGAGAGUGCCGCUGGGGCACAUCCUAUGGACGAAGAAGACGAGGAGUUGCUUCAAGAAGAGCUGGCAAGACUGGAGAAGAAUAGGGAGGAACAAGUACAUGAAGUUCUCUCCCAAAUAGCAUUGAAGCAUCCCAUCCAAUAUGAAGACCAUGACAUUUGCAGUCUGUCUAAGGCAGGAGCAUUGAUGCAAUUUACUGUAAAAGAGCUUAGCGCCAUAUUUUUCACUGCCUGUUCGCAGACUUACGGCCCUAAUUAGUCGACCUGAUAGCAUAGUAUCUAGCGCUACGCACAGAUACAAAAGCCUUGUAUUGCCACAAAAUGAUUUCUAGACCCUCUCCUAGAUCCUUCCUCUCCUAGAUCCUUUCAAAUCGCCAGGCCUAAAAUACGUAGUAUAAAGUAAUAUGUAUAUAGUAAAGAAAAAUAUGUGGAUAAUCAUUCAUCUAAGACUUAAAAUACAUACAACAAAGAGUAAUUUGGACAUUUGUUGCUUGGGGCAUACAGCUCGUAGAAAGAACCGACAAAGCUAUUGCCAACCUUUUUAAAGAGACGGUUCUUUUAUGUGAAAUUUUUCCACGACAUAUAUAAGCAGGCAGCUAACCACCCGGCAAAUGUUUUUUAUAGCGUCAGUCAUGCAAAGCCCUUUAAAACCACGCGGAUCUCGCAUUACAAAUCUUAUAACACUGACUAGAAGUUAUUUCUGGCUGUUACUGUUUGCUUGAUGAAGUUAGUUAACUGCAUAUAGCCGAUAGUUUUUCGUUUCAGAAUUUAGGAUAUUUUUUUAGGUGUAAAGAAUUGGUGGCUUUAAUACACAAACCAAUUUUACCCCACGGUUAUAGGCAAGAGAGUAUGGGAUCACAUUUUCCAUGAAUUGUUUUGGUAUAUACUAAACAUUCAGAGUUUAUUCACCAACAUGAAAGAGAUCAAAAAGUAUAAUUCAUUUUGCUCAGUCCUCUCUACCGGCGUGCUUAUGACUGUGCGGGGUUUCCUUUGCAGAACAGCUCCAUAGUUAGCUAAAAUUUGGUUUUGUCGCAAUACUCUAAAUCUAUUUUCAUAAAAACUUGGGUAAAUCAUUCAUUAUCUUUGUUUAGGUAAAUUUAAAGAGUAAUUCUGGGAAUAAUUCGAGCCAAGAGCAGUUUUUAGGCAAGUAAUUGAUGAAUUUCAGUGUGGAUUACAAAGUGUUCUUUUAUGUAAACAAAGUGCCGACUUGACCAAAUUGACCUUCUCGCUGCUUCGCACACAGCGGCAUACCCGAAGGUUUGACUUUAGAACCUUGGAGAUAAAGUUAUCAUCUGCAUAUGGAUGUAAUUUUUUAUUUCCAUUCCGGUCGAACAAACGCUAAUUUUGCUCCCGAACUUUGUUAUAAUUUAGUGCACUUCCGCAACCUGCACAGAGGGGUGGUUUUCAAGGCUGGUAUCUUAUCAACUAAGCAAUCAGUGAAUUUGACAUUUGUAUGUUUUUAUAAGUAAAGAUGAAUCAAACAAAUGGCGAAUAAAACGUUUUGCCAGCGCGUUUAGUUUUGAUACGGUGCAGUCCUAAAUAUUGUGAAAUUUUGGUCUUGAAAGGGAUGACAAAAUGAACCGGCUCGGCACAAGUAAGUUCGAGCUUCUAGGAAAGUGAAAAAAAAUUUUCAAAAAAGUAUUCCAUUUUUAUUAGUUCUGUAUCAAACCCUUUUGAUGUGCCAAGUUUCAGAGAAAUUGGUUUUCUGACCCGAAGUUUGACGGACCGCUCUUAGGGAGACUGCCACUUAAGAUCUGGAAUCGCAUCAUUAUUUAAAAAAGAUGUUUGAUUACACUCAAAGCAAAUGAUGUUCCUUUUUUGUUCAAAUGGACACCAGACUGAUGUAAACAGUCAUUAUUUAUAUCGUAAUGUUCUAUUAAUGAUGUAUUAUCAACAGCACAACUUUGUCUCAACAAUGUAUCAAUAUGUUUAAUUUUAUCAUUAAGUGUUUCGUCAUCAGUUCUUACUAUUCGUUCGGAUAUAGUUACCUUGGUAUUAGGCGAAGUUUUUACUACAAAAUUUUUUAGCGCCAUGAUAUCUUUGACAACCGUCUUUGCGCUGCUGGUCUUUAGGUCAUUUGUUCCGAUGUGCAGUAUGAUUUCGUCAGGCUUCUUUUCUAAAGUCAAACAUGUUUUUUGUGUGUAUUAAAGAAUGAAUGAUCGCCAUUUUGUAAGCGUGCCUGUCAAUUCUAUAUACAUAGUACAGUGGAGAAGUGCAAAAAUCAUUAGUUGUCAUGACAAUAGCGUGCAAAAGAAUGCAAAACCAAUAUGGUGGACUACAAACAACGAGAAUCCAUACAAAUACAGUACUAAAACGUAGUGUAUUUGGACUGAUCGUUUAUAAUAAUGUAAUGAUCUCUGAAAUUACAAUUAAAAAUAUCAUAAGGAAUUUAAGAAUUGCAGUGUAUUUAAUAACAGACCAAUUUCGGCAAACUAAACGCAGUGGUAAUAAAAACAUUCACAGACAACAACUACAAAUUUAUAGCUGUUUAUUUGACAAUUUUUCUAAAAUUGCACUUAAAGUCUGAAUCUUACCUUUCGCAUGUUAUUAAGUGUGACAUAAAUCUGCAUAGUUGAAAUUUAGGCGCAAAACAUUCAAAUCACUUAGGAAGUUCAGACAUUCCAACCUCCGAGUCCUCAAAACCGGGACACUUCCCAAUUUUCCCAUUUUAUUAUACGUAAACGCCUCCCUCAAAUAAAUGUUCUCAUUGAUGCGGUGUCUAUUUGGGUUAGUGUUAAAAUUGGCUGAGUUGAGUUUGAAUUAAACAAUAAAUUCACAGUGGAUGCUACAAAAACUAGACUAAGUUUUAUUACACUAACAUUGAAACCCAUAAGUAAUAUAACAUCUUCUCAACAAGCUUUAAUUUUGGUACUGUCUGGCAAAACUGUUUCGUUUUACUACUGGUCUUUUGAACUGUGAUCCUCAAGAGCCCACGAUUAUUGCGCCCGUUUCUGUUACGCUGCUUUACAGCACUUAGUUCAUGUAGCCCUGGCAAAAUGAAUAGGAAUUGAAAGCGAACCCUAAAUUGUCAAAACAACAUAUGUCACGAGAAUUACAAUGAUCGGCGACAAACUCGGCAAUUGUUUGGGGCAACUAGAAGCUCCCAUUUCAUUAACAUGUAUUGAACCAAACGAAUUUCAUUAAUAUUUGUCACAUGAGCCUUAUUUGAAGAAUACAACUAUUAAAAUACUACAGAAACCGGGACAAUAAGAAGAGAACCGGGACAACAUAGUCCAAACCGGGACAGUCCCGGGUAAACUGGGACAGUUGGAAUGUUUGGAAGUUACAAGCCAGCUAGCACAGACUACAAAGGUGACAUUAGGAAAGUUUAAUAAAUAUUACAAGACUGCGAUUUUGAUAAUAAUGGUGUUUAGCUUUAUUCAUCCAGAGACCUGUGGCUUUGCCAGAGGUAUUGCAUGGGAAAUAUCUAAAAAAAUUGACGAUGAUUGGAAAUUUGGCGACAGUGAUACCCGAACGAAGCUCAAGCAAUCUUGCCAAAUUACAGAGCGAUUCAACCGCUUCAAUGCUGUCUUCGCAUCUUACAAGGAGAAAUUCACAAUUGAUUUUAACGGAUUCCUUAAAAUUCUCCCCGACUUGCGGAAAAAAUUUGUAGGAUGGAGCCGUAAAAUACACAAACGGAACCAGUAUACCGCAAUGUUUAACAGCAAAAGCUGGAAAAAUUUACCUGCAACACAGCAAGUACAGCAUAAGUUCCAAAACUGCCAAGCAUGUCAAGAUCGGUUUGUCGGUGUGCAAGCUCUGUUUCCUGUCCAAUCAACGCGAUUCAUUAGCAGCACUCGCUCAGAAGCCUCAUCAAUACUAUCUGUUAUUGACGCAAGUAUACCCCAGCAUGGAAGCUCAAGAGGUUGAAGUAAAUGCAAAGCUGUAGAGACAGCCUGUGCAAUAUACCACAAGAUCAACCCAUCCUUUGAAAGCGCAUGUAACAUGCCUUUAUCUGCGGCAUUGGUAAACGUACAGGAGCUAAAUAUUGAAGAGAAAAAGACAAAAAAUGAAAAAAGGAAAGUGCUAAGGCAUCUUUAUAAAAAGUCCAAGCAGGCAACACAAGCUGAGUGGACUAAGAUGGAUGUUGUCAGGUAAUUGUCGAACACAAUACUAAUAUACAAACAGACUAAACAGUAACCAAGUCACGUACUUUUAAUAUAAAAAAUAAUAUAAUAUAGUAUAAUAAUAUAAUACAUUUUUAAAUUUUAAUAAAAUGAAAUAAAAUAAAUGUAAUAUCAAAAUAAUAAGUACCUAUUAAUUCAAUAAUAACGGUUAUAACUGUAAUUAUUAAAGUUGAAAAUAUUAAUGCUUCAGUACAAAAAUAUUUACUGUAUAUAUGACAAAAUAAAUAAAAUUUUGCUAUCAUUUAGAUGUUAUGGCAAUCGGCAGUCACUUGCAGCAAGACAGAGAGAAAGAUUGGCCAUGUGCUUUGAAAGCUUCGAGGAAGCAAAAUUUCGAAACGAAGUACAGGUAUCAAGUCAAAAGAAGUCAUGUUGGUAAUUUUGAAAAUAUACAAUGGGACAAACAGGCUCUGUUGGAGGAAGUGAAUGGCUACACGAACAGUACUGUGGUCAAUUGGUCAGAACUGGCACAACAAUACGAAGUGAAAAACAAGAACGGGGAAUUGGCAAAGAACGGUGGACAAAUUGUUCAAGAAUACAUCAAGUCCCAAGGUGUGGAUGUUUAAAAAUAUAAGAAGAUGGGACAAGCAGAUGGUGGUUGCAUCAGGAAAAGGAUGAAACGAAGGUGCUGGUGGGGAGAUUACUGUACCAUGCCAGUGACAAAUGAGUCAUUGAAGAAGAAGUUAAAUGAAAAAAUACUGUCAGGAGAGUAAAAUGUUGGAGAGCUUAUUGUUCCAUGACAAGUAGGUUUACUUAAUGAAUACCACAUUUAUAAUGAAAUUUAAUUUCCCCAAAGAUUUUGUUCACCUUGCCACCAGGUCAAGCCAGUCAUACCAAGGAUGGAAAUUAAUAUGUGGCCAUAGGCAGAUUUUGCUCUGGGGAUCGACGAGGGGUGUCCAAAAUUAAAGGGGGAGCUGAGCAAGGUGAUGUACCUCUGAGAAAAAAGCUGUGGCAGGGGUCUCAGGGGUACAUAAUUCACUACAUGUAAUGUGGGCAAGGUUGAAGGGGUAAGGUGCAUGAACAUAAAAUACUCAUGCAUGACCUCUUCAACCCAUUGAGUCACAUAUUGCGCCCUAAUUUAUUAUUAAUAUAUUAACACCGGAAAAUUUUGCUAAUUGUCAAAGGAAAGUGCUUUGGCACUAAAUGGAUUAUCUGACCUAUCUGGCCAUGUGUCGAUAGUAUUGAGUCACAUUGCGCCCUGAUGCGCCCUACUUUUUACUUUACUCUGUUGACUCCAGGUAAUUUUCCUCGUCAAGGGGAGAGCGAUGGCACGCUUCAUGGUUUAAUUAGCAAACAUACAGGUGAAAUGUGCCAGAACAAGUAUCACCUGCCUGGCCAAGAAUAAACUACAGCUAGUACACAAUAAAGAAUAAUAAUUAUAGAAUACACUAUAGCUAGUGUGCUAUGUGCAAUAUUUCAUACCUAAGUUUGGCUUCCUAUCACCUGACCAUGCCAAUUCAUCACUCAGUUAAUUUCAUCUUUCUUAAAUAUAGUACGUAAGUUUGUGCUUGAUAACAAUGGCUCCAUUAUCAAGACCCACUUCUUUGUUGAAGGCUGCAAAUGUCCACUGUGUGAAGUCAGGGAACAAAAACUAGAAGAAUUAAAAGAGUACAUGAGAGCAAAUACAGAUGAUAGCCUAGAUGCGAUGUCUAGUACAGAUAUUGCAGAAAGGCUGCAUAAGUUACACAAAAUGAAAGAUGGUGAGGAUGUUGAAGAAAUGAGACAGUGGCUCAAAGAUAUGGAGUGAACAAGGCAUCUCAUGAUCUGGCAUGAUUUAUCAACAGUGGCAAAUCAUUCAGAUCUUGUUGUAUUCAUGGUAGCCGGUUGAUAUGAUCCUGCUUGUUUUUAUACAGACAAUGAAUAUGAACAGUUGACAGGAAAAAGGAUGAGCACUCAAACAAAAGUGGAAAUGCCUAGUGUCUACAUAAUAGCAAGGUCUUCAUCAUCAGAUAAAGAGCAAUUGUGUUAUGUAGAAACUAGGCUAGAAUGCUUGCAAGAUCUGUCAGAGCCAUUAACAUCAAAAUCAUUGAAGUAAAUGACAAGAUGAGAUUUUUUCACGGCUAUACCCCUGCUCGACAGUACGAAUGUUGUCAACAGAAAGGAGGUAAUUAUUACUGUGCAAUCUGUGGAGCAAGUGCCAAUCGUGUCUAUGAGAUGGACUACGCUUUUCACUGCUCACAUAUGUCUCUAGCAGAUAGGCAAGACCUUGUAGUAAAAGGUCCAUAUGGAAAGAAAUAUUCUCUUCAGAAGAUAAAUAAGCCUUUCGAAGAUCUAACCAAGGAUGAGUUAAUUAGGGAGUUAUCUACUAGGGGCAUAUAUGAGGGAAACACCAAAGAGGAACUGCGUAACUUACUCAAAGAAGAGUUGCAUGGUGUUCAGCGGGUUCCGCUCUGAUGUAUCACAAUCCUGAUCUUCCGCUGGAUGAAAUUAACUGCAGCGAUUACGAGAUAUUGGGGUUUGAACCCCUCCAUGACAUCAGCCAUCACAUCGAGAAUAUUCUAACAGAGCUUCCUUCACACAUUCCUGAAAAGGAAGCUUCUGAAUUGAAUGCUCUUAUUGAGUUCUGCAUAGGGGGAAAAGAAACAAAAAGGGCCUUUGAUUAUCGAUGUGCUCUGAUGUUGAUUUCAAAUCAUAUCAGGGGCAAGAUAGGUUCACAGGCUCAAUUGUUGCUUGUGGAAAUUCAAGAAAUAGCAUACAAUUCAGAAGCUCAACGAACCCCAAAAUCAGUUCUUUGGAUGCAUAACCUCACUGGUACCAUGCAAUGCUGUGUUGGACAGUGAUUGGUUUUCAAUUGAAAAAAUUAACUGUACAUAAGUUGUAUGGGACAUACUUUCAUAACAUUACAUCACAUGCACCCAUCCAAAACCGCCUUAUUAGCAGUCGAUCUGCUAAUACUGAGGAACAAGAACGCAUAUUCAAUGCUAUCACAAACAUUACCCACACUACGUCUUCAUUUUGUGCAGACCAUAUCAUCUCGAAUAUACUGGUUUGUCUUCAAGCUGAGAAAGAUCUUUCAACAAACCAUAAUGUCCCUUCCGUUGAGAAGCAACAAACCCAUGUAUCCAAAUUAGCAUCUUCAUUGCCAAGCUUUCCCAACACAAUUAUACCCAGGGAUAUGCUAGUGAACCGUUCUUCAUCUUGGCAAGCACAUCUGGAUAGGAUAAGUGACUAUCUUUUAGCUUGGUAAAGGUGUUUGGUGGAAUGAAAGUGAUAAUGGUGACAUUAAUUUCUUUGAUGCAAAAGGAAAUGUUGAAUCAUCGGAAGCAGGCCCUUUGCUUCAUCAUUUUAGAUCCAGUUCAUUUAAGUCAGAAGAGUCAUACUUAAAAAAAUGCUGGCUAGAAUGUUUGGAGAAGUCUGAUCUUCCCAUCUUGCGAUUACAAAUAGAAGAUGGAAAUGGAAACAUGGUAGUUCAUCAACUUAAUGAUGCAUCAAACAACCCCAUUAUGUCACAGGUUCAAGUAAUUAGUGAUGACCUUGUGAUGGAGUGUCAAAUGAUAUUAAUGAUAGAAUGAUUGAUGUUGUCAGUGGGGAAAAUGGGGGAAAUUUGCUUUGUGGUGUAGUUGCUAAGGAUUUACCUGAGGUGGUUGGUCAUGCUAGUGGUGUUGUUGUGCAUGACAAGAUAGUUGAGGAUAGUGGUCAUGUUAAGGUUGCAUGUUGUGACAUUGUAGAUGCAGAUGGUGUAGGUGCAGUUUUGGGUGAUAGUGAUGUUUCAUUUGACAAUGAUGUUUCACAUGAUGGUGAGUUUGUAGGGGUUCAUGCUAUCACAAAUCAAUAUAAUGCAGUUACUGAUAUUAGUCUAUCAGCUGAGAGCUGAUUUUUCAUAAAAAUGUGUCACACACAGGGACCAAGUAAAAACCACAAAGUUUUUUUCUUUACUUAUUGGAAAUUAUAAAAACAUAUGAUGGACAAGUUAUUCGUACAGCCUUAUAACAUAUUUUCACUUCUAUUGAGUAAGUAUCUGCUGCCAUUUUGUUUUUUUCUUAAAAUAUUAUUAAUUUUUAAAAUAUUAAGUUUCUUCUUUAAACAUUUAUAAAUACUUUAUAAAUAUUUUUAUUGGACUUGUAUACUAAUUUCAAUAUAUCAUUUUACUGUACUUAUAAAAUUUUCACAUUUUAAUAAAGGUUAAAUGAAAUUGUAUUGUAUUGUUUAAUAUAGUUUCAAUAAUAUAUCGAUCUUCUAUAGCACACAAUAACGAUUCAAAACAUGUAUAGUGAUAAGAACUCACAACUUGACGCUUUUUGUGAUAGAAUUCAUUGAUUCAAAGUCGAAUUCAUGCCAGACAUUAUCUCGUUUUGAUAUUAUAUCUCUUGAAUUGAUUCGAAAUACGAAGUAAACAACUUUCCGCCAUCUUGAAAUGCAAAAAUCUACCCUAGAGCCCAGAUCUCAUGCCAGCGCAACAACAAAAAAGGUGGGAAUGUAUUUCAACAAAAAGUACAACAACAAAGUUUAUUUCACGUUUCAACAUAUUUAUUACAUGUAGUGUAUGACAUAUUGCCAAAAAGAAUUUGCAUUCGCUGUUGCGGUCACCCAGCCGUGGUCAUGUACCUACUGUAUUUCAUUAUUUACGUUUGUUUUUGUCCUGUCAUGCAAUGUACUGUUUCAUCGGCAAAGUUUAUAAAUUAAGACUCUGCAAUUGCUGCAGAUAAUUCAAUUCAAACGGUGUAUGAUUAUAUGUAAUGUAUAAUGCAUUUCCAAAAAAAGUUUUCACAAGAUCACAAGAUCAAGUUUUUAUAAGAUCAAGAUUGCGAUGGCUGAGCAUUCAAUUCAAUGUUGCAUUAUAUGUGGUGUAGGAGAUUCAGAUUUGAGUGAAUGCAGGGACGGUCAGUUCAUGGGAGACGUUCCUCCAUGCUGCACAAAUAAGAGGACACAAAAAACUCUUGGAUGUAACUGUCGGAGAGAAUGGCUUACCCGAAUUUCCUGUGAGAUAUCACCGUUCAUGUCGAGCAACUUUUACGCAUAAGAAGAUCUGUUGAAGCUUUCUAAAGUUCCUCCUAAACAGCUUUCUGAACCUCUUCCUCAGCAACAUUCAUCUCAGAGAAGGAGUUCACGAGAUACACUAAAGCCUAGUUCAGCCGUACUACCAGAUCGUUGUAUUUUCUGCAAAAAGGAUAAGUACAAGUCGAGAAGUUCCACAAGGGAGAAAAAAAGAAGUUGUAUGGCAUUUCGCACAGAUGAUAAAGUCCGAAGAAGUGCAAAAUUACACAUCAAAGCAUGCUCAGAGUUGAGUGUCAUUGCCCAAGAAGUGCUUGGAUUAUGCUGCAAAGACCUUAUUUCGAGUGAAGCAAAGUAUCAUGCAUCAUGCUAUAAACUAUUCGUCUGCAUUGCAUACUCAGAUAUGGAAAACGUGGACGCUGCAAAAACAGAUGAAUAUGUCGAAGACGCCAGCGGCGCUUGUAUUAACCAAGUUUAUGAAUCACUAUUUUCAUUUUGUUCUGAUUUAAUAAAAUCACCAAGAAUUGUUGAACUUAAAACUAUCAAGGAAUUAAUGUCCGCAGAGGCGGAGAAAAUUGGUGUUAAAGUUAUGCCAUCCCAAUUUAAAAAUCUCGUUCGAAAGUUGUCUAACAGAUUUAACUUAGAGCUUAAGUUUGCUUACCUGUCAAAUAACAAAGUUUUGGUCUACCCAAGCACAUUGAGUAUGGACGACGCUAUCUGUAGCAAUUACCAACUUAAGUGUGAAAUUGAUUCUUGUCAGAACUUGGAUAAGGAAAGCAAAGACAUUAUUAAAGUUGCCAAAAUUUUAAACAAUGAAGUUAAAGCAAUGCAACCACAGAUGUAUUGGCCCCCAAAAGAAGACGAUCUUAAACCAAAUAUGUUGCCGAAGUACAUCCCUCAUCUCUUGGAUAUGUUUUGUACUGUCCUGUUCUCGGGUGCAAGCAUGGAAAGUGAACGGAAGAAAAAUGAAAAGGUUGUUCGACUCUCUAACUCAAUUCGCCAAGACAUUAUUUAUAUCAUCUCUAAUGGAAAUAUCAAAACACCCGAAAGUGUUCUUUUCCCAGUGGUUGUUAAAUCGCUGUGUAACAAUACCGAAGUGAUUAGACUUAUUAAUCGUCAUGGCCAUGGAAUAAGCUAUGACCUUAUUGAGGAAAUUGAGACAGAACAUGCGUUGAAAGUCUUAAAUGAGCAGAAGGAGAUGCGAGUUGUCAUCCCUGAUGAAGCAAUGAAAUGUGAUAACUCACCUGUUUCGUUAAUGUUGGCUGAUAAUAUUGAUAAUUUGGAAAGCACGUUGACCGGUGCUGGCACUUCACACAGAGUGAAUUCUAUUCUCGUGCGAAAAAGGAGAUGUAUGGAAAAGGUCGUCGAUAGAGCUGAACCGAGGCAAGCAAAAAAGAGAUCCAGCUUUCUUCCAUUUCACUGAAAUCUUCACUUUCUUCUAUUUCAUUUCAUUUGUGUGGAGCAUCUCACUUUUCAUUUCAUUUGUGUCGAGCAUCUCCCGAGUUCUGUGCUUCUGUUUUAAGGUUGACAUCACAGCUGUCAACGGUGAGAAUGACAAUUCAUUGUUUAGCCAUUUGCUUCACUGUUUAAAAUUAUAUAACUUACAUCUUAGCGAUUCAAAGAAGAUAGAAAUCAUGGAAUUUUAAACAGUGUAUAGCUGUAUAAACAAUGAUAAUAGACCUGUAUAAUCGCGGGGACACAUUCUCAAUUGUGAAGUAUCCCUAAGGUUUAAACUGUAUAAAUACAGCAAUUCCUUGACUUUAGCAAUGUUUAUUGAUUGAAAUUUAGUGUUGUUAAGGCUGCUUUCAAGUUAAGCGUUUUUUCAUAUGCGUGCGUGCGUACAUGCAUGGAAAAUUUUUAACCAUUUAAAAUUUCUUAUAAAAUAAUCAAAUGAAUAAAAGGCCUGCAUUUAGUUCUGUGAUCUAUUUAAAGGCUCAGUUGUUGAGGUAGGUAGAACUUAAAUAAAAUUUAGAAAGGUUUAAACUUUUCUGUAUGUAUACGUGUGAAAAAUACAGCCUUUAUUCAGGGGAAAAACGAAAACGUAACAUUUUGACCUUGAGCACAUGGUAACAUUGUUUCGAUAAUUACUUUUAUUAUAUACAUACCGUAAUAUUCACUCGGUAAGUGCCAAGUUAAAACUCAUCUACAACGCAUUGCAUAAUUGAGACGAUGUUCCUCACAUGUGAAAAAAAUCGUCCGACCAAUCAGAGAUCACGGACGAUUUUUCUCACAUGUGAAAAAAAGUAUCGAAUUUUCCCGCCAAUUACAGGCCAACGCUUUGUUCAGUCAAUCGCUUCGAAAUAUUAAUGGCUUCCCGUUUUGCAGACCUUGACAUUUCUGUCAGCAAAUUCAACGAACAACAGGAAAAUGAAAACACAAAGAGAAAAACUGAACAAAAAUCUAUCAUUAUUAAAUCAGUUUCUUGGUACCAAGAAUGAAACUAGAAGCAUUGAGGACAUUCCUUCUGCAGAAUUAAACCUUUACCUGAGUGAGUUUAUAAUUAAGGUUUGUACAAAACAAAAUAAGGAUUACGAACCAAAUUCCUUGUGCAGUAUGGUAGCCAGCUUCAAAAGAUGUUUAAAAAAGAAAAACUAUGGUUUAAAUAUCAUGAAAGACCUACAGUUUCAAGAGACUCGAAAAGCUUUGCUUUCAAAACAAAAGGAUUUAAAGCAACAGGAAAAAGGAAAUAAACCGAAUGCUUUGUCUGCUCUCAGCGAAGACGACAUAGCUGUUUUGUAUGAAAAAGAGUUGCUGGGCACAUCCAGUCCCGAUGCUUUACUGAACACUCUUUGGUUCAACAAUACAAUACACUUUGGAUUACCUGGCUGUAAAGAGCAUCGCAAUAUGACUUGGGGCGAUGUGAAAUUACAUAAAACGGUCUGUGGCGAGGAAUAUUUGGAAUACAGCGAAAGGCAAACGAAAACAUGCUCGGGGCAAGACACCAGAGAUGUGCAAAAAGUAACUCCAAGAAUGUUUUCUCUACCAGGAAAUGAAAGAGAUCCUAUUGCAGUGUAUAAAGUUUUUGCAGAAAAACAUCCGGCAGAAAUGGACAGCGACAAUAGCCCAUUUUUUCUUGCUGUAAACAAUUUAAAGAAACCUGAAUCUGUUUCAUGUAAAGCUCAAAAAAGCCCCAGCCAGGGUUAA